AUGAAGGUAGAUUCAGAAGGAAGGAUAAGAAAUGUUUUCUGGGCAGAUGCAAGGUCAAGACGAGCUUAUAGGUUUUUUGGGGAUGUGAUGGUAUUUGAUACGAAGUUCAACACGAACCGCUAUGGGAUGGUCUUUUCACCUUUGUUAGGUGUUAAUAACCAUCGGCAGACAGUGUUGUUUGGUUGUGCAUUCCUAACUAGUGAAACCAUGAAUUCAUUUGUAUGGUUGUUCGAAGAAUUCAAGAAAGCCAUGCCAGGUGAGCCACCCAAAAUGAUCAUCACUGAUCAAGAUGCUGCCAUGUCAAAGGCAAUUGCUUUAACUCUCCCAACAACAUUCCAUAGAUAUUGCAUAUGGCAUAUUUUGAAUAAGUUUAUGAAUGCAAUUGCUUUAACUCUCCCAACAACAUUCCAUAGAUAUUGCAUAUGGCAUAUCUUGAAUAAGUUUAUGGAGAAACCCGGCAUUGGGGAAUGUUUUUCGGAAAUGUGCAAAUGCAUAUGGGGUAUGGACACGAAAGAAGAAUUUGAUGCAAAAUGGGAUGAAAUCAUCACAAGCAAUGGGCUGAAAGACCAUCCAUGGCUGAGCUCGAUUCAUGCUUUGCUUGAGAAUUGGGUUCCAUCAUAUGUAAAACAUGUGUUUUUGGCUAGGAUGUCAAAUAGUCAAUGGGCUGAAAGCUGUCAUUCAUUUUUCAAACAAUAUAUUAACCGGAAAAACACAUUGAUGGAAUUCAUUUUACGUUUUGAAAGAGCUCUUGGUUCACAGAGGCACAAGGAGUUAAUGGCUGAUCAUGUUGAUACCAAUGAAAAAACUCCACUGCCAUUUCGAACACCAAUGCAACAUCAAAUGACACGCAUUUACACUCGGGAAAUUCUUGAACUGUUUGAGAGGGAAGACUUCAAAAACCUUUUAUGCUUGUUUGAACUUGUAGAGCAAGAUGAGACCCAGUGCAGGUACAAAGUAAGUGAACAGAGAUCGAAACUUUACAAAGUUGCAGGUGAUUUGAUAGAUUCGGCUUUGUUGUGUGAUGAAGGUUUUGAGUUGCUGGAAAAUUUAUUUGAUGACAUUCAUGGGAAGCUUACAAGGUUGUUGUCAUCAAGAGCUCGUGUCGAAGAAGAACCCAAUGGAGAGGUCGGAACUAGUUCUCCCGAAGUCAGAAUGAAAGAUCCCCAUCGAGUAAAAGCAAAAUGCUUUUCAUCUUCCGACGCAAAAGUUGGUGCUGCAGUUGAUGAGAAUUUGCAGCCCAGUCAGAGCACGCAGGACAGGAAACCUACUAUAACAGAGUCAUUUAUGCAAGAGUUUGAUUUCAUUUACGGUCCCGGAGUUUGA